AUGUUUAUUAAGUUCUAUAGCAUCUGCCUAACUUAUUUAUCGAUAUUUACAACUAAUGUUAUACUUAAGGACAACCAUCUAACAUUGACAACAAUACGUGCGGAGUUUCAAAUUAACCAUCGGACAGCUGUUUAUGAAAUUCUUUUAGAUAUAUUAUCUAAACAUAAUUUUGAAACAAUAUAUCUUAAAACCUCUUCAACUUGUUCGCUAUGUAAAUUAAUUGGAAAUCUGACCAUACCAGUUAUAAUAGACGAUUUACGUACAAGCUCCCAAAUAAAGCCUACAAUCAACAGUAACCUCAUAGCAAUUGUCUUCUGGAACAAGAACCUCAGCAUAAGUACGUUAAAUCUGUUAGUACAAACAUUACAUAGUAUGCGAGAAACGAAAACAAUGAUCUAUGUGUCUACAGCUUCAGAAAAGUACUCAUUUAAAUUAGUUGAAAACAUACUAAGUUUCUUUUAUAAUCAUAAAAUGUUUAACGUUUUUGCUUUCAUUGGAGACUCCAGUUAUAAAUCUGAGUUCUACACAUUGUGGGCAUAUCCGAAUUUCCAUAUAGUAAAAGAAAGUGUAAGCGCUUUAGCAGAUUAUUUUCCAAAUAAAUUUAAAAACUUACAUGGUACUAGUAUAAUAACACUACCAGACCAGUUAGAACCAAGAACAAUAGUGCACAGGAAUAAAUUGGGUCAACAGGUGUUAACUGGUUAUGUCGGGAAACUCAUGCUCACACUCGCUUGGAAAUUAAAUGCUACACUGAAAUAUGCACGACCAGUAAAAGGUGGAGAAAUCAUUUUUUAUGGUGAUUUACUUGCGUCAACAAAAAAUGGAACCUUGAUAUGCCAGCCAGUAUUCUACCCAUUACAAAUGUAA